ACCACAUAAAAUCUACGGAGUCCUGGCCUUUUCGUUUUUAACCCAACCCCCUCUUUCUUCAGCUCUUCGCCCAUCCCACUCAUGUCUAUCUCUCUCACCUACCCUUCUUCCCUUCAAUUUUUUUCCCUCUAAAUUUUGUUGACAACUUGUACAUAUAUUUGGGCCAGAGAAAAGACAAAUAUGUUUGAUUUUGGGGACGAACUAACAAUUGAAAGCUACAGAAUUCCAUGGCUAGUAUGGAUCCAAAUACUUGUCAUGCUCCUCCUCGUGGUUCUUCUCUUUUGCGUCAGCCUUUCCGCUCUGGAUCUCCCCGACUGCACUUCCUCAGCUUCGGCAUCCCUUUGUCCCGAACUCCAGCUGGACAAAAAACCUGGUUUCAAGCAAAAUACAAGACUUGUGUCCACUUGCUUCCAGGCUUCCCAGGUUGGAGAAAGCCGGAGUAUGAAGGGUGAGAUAGCCACAGGAACAAGCAGAAGGAUAGGGAGAGGAGAAGACACUAUAGAAAAGGAAGGCCCUUCAUCAAAAGAAGCAAAUCAAAAUUGUUAUCACCCUUGUCACUAUCUCAGGCUUGCUAAGAUAGCAUUUCUUAAGUGCUUGGGUCUGGAUUCCUCGUCUGAGAAUAGUUCAACUAAUGAACAAAGAAACGAAAGAUAGUACUUUAUCCUGUUAACAUGUCUUAUCAAAUUCUUUCAUUCAGCUUCGGUAUAGGGUGGCUGUACGGGGAAUUUUCAACAUUUGAUGUUCAAUCAAUCAACACCAACAGCUGAGAUUGGCCCCAGAGAGAAAACCCCAGAUGCAAAUUGCAAAGAGAAGAUUACAAAAUGAUUCCUCUUCCGAUUCUCAGUGCUAGUUAUUCCCAGUAGCUAGCUAAGCUACGCUGUUCUGUUGCUUGUGCUGAGAGGUAGCAGCAAUUCCGGAUGGGGUUUGGGUCCGAUAAUGGUAUUGUUAAGAUAUGAAGUAUUCAUUUGGAAAGUGUAUUUAAUCGAAACCUUUAUAUUUAAAUAUUUGAAAAUGGAUAAAUGAUUUUUUUCAAAAAAUCAUUCAAGCUUAAGCUUAA